GGCAAAGGCAGUCCUUGAUCCAGCAUAACAGCCUACAGGUGUGUCUCUUCCAGCCAGCUUCUGUCUUACUUCACCUCAGACCGGAUCUUCUAAAACCAUGCUCUGCUUCACACUCAGCACCACACUGUUGCUGGCAGCGACGUGUUCGCUCAUGACAGCAGUUGUCUCCCUAGAGAAAGCUACCACCUGUGGCAGCGACUGGAAUGUCCAGCGCCUGAGCUGUGAUGACGGAGUGAUCAGUGUGCAGACAGCACUGUAUGGACGUGCAGACGCUGUGACCUGCAGUGAGGGAAGACCUCCGGCACAGCUCUCCAAUACACACUGCUCUCAAGCUGGCACAGUGGACGUUGUCAAGCAAAGGUGUGAUGGCAAGAGGGAGUGUGAACUAAACAUCAAUGUUUUUUAUACCUCUGAUCCCUGCUAUGGCACCUACAAAUACCUGAACACCACAUACACCUGCCUCCCAGCAACUCACCUUGUUGCCUGUCAGGGCUCUUUGGCGCAACUCCAGUGUGAUCAAGGACAGGUUAUAUCUGUGAAUGCUACAAACUAUGGACGUCGUGACCAGACCACCUGCAUUUACCAACGGCCUCUCUAUCAAAUUCGAAAUAACGGCUGGCGAAGCCCCACACCCCAAGUUGCUGCCAGCUGUAAUGGACAAAACAGCUGUACCAUCGCAGCAAGCAACUCUGUGUUUGGAGACCCCUGUUAUGGCACUUACAAGUAUCUGGAGGUGGCUUACACAUGUGACCAUCCUGGGAAUUCUCCGCUUCCAUAUAUAAUUCGUGCAGCUAAGAAGAGGAAACACAUCGUUCCCCUGAGACCGCACAGUCCCGGAAGUCUAAAAGGAUGCCACGGGCGUCUGCGGUCCAUUUUUGGUUGGGCUUCUGCGGAGAAACUUCUUUUCACCAAGAAGGUGUUGGAAUUUGGCUUGACUGUGCAGUGUUUGCUCUGCUCUGAGCCAGACCGGCACCCUCCUCUCCUGGAGAAGCUCGCCAUUCAGCGACAGUGGUUGGCAGAGAGGCCUUGGCCCGCUACUUUGCCAGCUUCCCCAGAACUCUUGGGAGACUGCUCAGACGCUACCCUGCGUCUUCACGGGACCCGUGGAGGCGUGGCGAGGGCGUCGCUCUUCAGCCAUCCCAAUCCACGUGCCUGUGGCUCACAGCCCGUCAGGCCCGCCCCACUGCAGCCCGGUCGCGCGUUCCAGUCGCCACGCAGCCCGCCUGCACAGCUGGUGCGUGUUCCUGCGCGUUGGCUGAUGCGUUCCUGUGGUGUGCAGUCUCCUGCUCUGGUCCCUGCUGACCGUUGCUUCCCGGCCCGGGGUUUCAGCUCAUUGCCUGCAGGUGGGGGUGCCCGCCGGCCAGGGGUUCGGCCGCCGCCGGCGAGGUCUCGUGUUUCCCGUGCCCGGUUCUUUCGUUUUCCCCCUUGGACCCCCUCCGACUCCCCCUCCUACGUGGUUUUUUUGAUUUGGGUCGUCCCUCCUCCGGCCCCUCCGCCCUCCCUGGAACAGCCUACAGGUGUGUCUCUUCCAGCCAGCUUCUGUCUUACUUCACCUCAGACCGGAUCUUCUAAAACCAUGCUCUGCUUCACACUCAGCACCACACUGUUGCUGGCAGCAACGUGUUCGCUCAUGACAGCAGUUGUCUCCCUAGAGAAAGCUACCACCUGUGGCAGCGACUGGAAUGUCCAGCGCCUGAGCUGUGAUGACGGAGUGAUCAGUGUGCAGACAGCACUGUAUGGACGUGCAGACGCUGUGACCUGCAGUGAGGGAAGACCUCCGGCACAGCUCUCCAAUACACACUGCUCUCAAGCUGGCACAGUGGACGUUGUCAAGCAAAGGUGUGAUGGCAAGAGGGAGUGUGAACUAAACAUCAAUGUUUUUUAUACCUCUGAUCCCUGCUAUGGCACCUACAAAUACCUGAACACCACAUACACCUGCCUCCCAGCAAUUCACCUUGUUGCCUGUGAGGGCUCUUUGGCACAACUCCAGUGUGAUCAAGGACAGGUUAUAUCUGUGAAUGCUACAAACUAUGGACGUCGUGACCAGACCACCUGCAUUUACCAACGGCCUCUCUAUCAAAUUCAAAAUAACGGCUGCAUAAGCCCCACACUCCAAGUUGCUGCCAGCUGUAAUGGAUUUAACAGCUGUACCAUUGCAGCAAACAACUCUGUGUUUGGAGACCCCUGCGGCGGCACCUACAAGUAUCUGGAGGUGGCUUACACAUGUUACUAUCCUGAGAGUUCUCUGCUUCCAUAGUUUACCCAUGUAGGCAUACUGAUGUUUCACUUAUAUCACAAUAAACAUGCAUUCAAUUAAA